AUGGCAUCGAUUUACUCCCGGCUAGACCCAUCUCGCCGCCAGUUCCGACUCCUACGUCUGGCCAGAUCCAACCCGCAGGAUGACGGAACACUCGCUGGCGAGCUGGGGACAUAUUCCAUGCACAACGCCCCAAGCUUCGAUGCAUUGUCGUAUGCGUGGGGUAUCAACACCGUCACCGUCACCGACCCGCUCAUAGUCCAUGGUGAAGCGGUCUUUGUGACUCGCAACCUGUAUGAAGGUCUUCGAAAUUUCAAGAAUGGCAGCCAUGCCGAAUACAUCUGGAUCGAUGCCAUCUGCAUCAAUCAGCGCGACCUUGCCGAACGUAGCCAUCAAGUGACUCUCAUGAGAGAAAUCUUCAGCAUCGCCAAUGUCGUGCACGUCUGGUUGGGACCGAGCACGUCGAGCACCGCGCGCGUUCUCGACGUCUUGGAUCGCGCGGGUCGAAGACUCUCGCCCGACUUUGAGAAUGCUGAUUCGCUUCCGGCAGAGAUCAACAGCUUGUCAAACGAAGCUCUAGAAAGCAUCUUUGCGAAUUCCUGGUGGAGCAGGCUCUGGGUUGUGCAGGAGGUCGUUUUGGCAAAAGAG